AUGGCAUAUAAUAAUCAUUCAAUUUUACUUGAACUUUUAAACGUGUCAAACACAACAUUCACACAAUUAUCUAUUAAUCAGCCCGAUUCAUUUGACUACGAUAAAAAUCCGUUUGAUAUUGAGGAUAUAUUUACUAAAUUAAACUAUGAUAAAUAUGUAUUUUUUGCCAUUGCAUCGGCCUUAUUCGGAUUACCCGGUAAUAUUUUAUUACUUGUUAUAUUGAUUAAAAUUAGUUUGAGUCGUGGUCGAAAUCAUCUUUCAUCGGGUUCGUUUGAACGUUUUUUAUUUGAAAUUGUUCUUAUUGACACACUAUUAAUUAUCUAUCAUUUUAUUGAUAAUCUUUUAAGUUACAUUUAUGGUGAACGUUCAGCCGGUCAACAUUAUCUCAUUCAUAUAUCCGAUUUUUGUUGUAAAUUUUUUACUUAUAUAGCAAAAAUGAGUGUAUUAUUAACAACGUGGUUAUUAUUAUUUUUAAUUAUUAAUCGUAUUAUUCUAAUUGAACAAUCAUGUUGGAAUAGAAAAUGUAUUCGUUUUGUUAAUGCAAAAUAUACUACGGUUUUUCUAAUAUUCAUAUUUUCUGUCUACAAUAUUUAUCCAAUUGAAAUAUUAAAAUAUCAGAAAAAAAUCGAUCUACAAGAUUAUCAGCCAGGUACGGAUGGUGUAUGUUCAGCAACUGACAUGGAAGGCAAAUCAAAUCGUAUGUUACAAGCAACAAAUUAUGGUUAUAAUUUAAUUGGUAUUGCAUUCCCGUGUAUUCUCAUUCUACUUAUGAGUGCAUUUCUUAUUUGUCGUGUAUCAAUGAAAAAUCGUAUGUUAUCAAAACAAGCAAGUAUAUUUAGUUAUACAAAAAAUAAUGGUGAAAUUCAACAAUCCGAUCGCAUUUCCUCUCAUUAUUAUGCAUCAUCGUGUUAUAUUGUAGCUAUUGUUGGUAUACUUCAUGCAUUAUUCAAUUUACCAGCUCGUUUGAGUGAUACACUCUUAUUGGCACUAUCACCCUAUUCAAAAAAAUAUACUAAUUUAAUUAGUUUUAGUCACGAAGCACAAUCUAUUAUGUCAUUAAGUUAUACGUACAAAUGGUUUGUAUGUAUAUUGUUAUGUCAACGUUUUCGAUCACAAGCUAAAAGAAUCAUAUGUUUUCUAAUUGAAAAUAAAUAUACUCAUCAAUCAAUGUUAAAAAAGCAUCAUUUAAACAAUAAAUUUAUGCAACAGAAAAGAGUACGACAACAACAACAACAACAACAACAACAAGGUGCAUCAAUUGUUAAUUGUUCAAUAGAAAAGCCUGAACAAGUAUCUGUUAUACUUUCAAAAACAAAUAUUUCUAGUGAAGAAGAUAGAAAAAUAUUAUCUCAGAAACAACUUUUCGUACAGGAAAAUCAAUUUAGUUCAAAAUCAAAGUCUAAUAUCUAUCAUAAUCAAAAUGAUAAAAAAAUUUUUAUUAUUGAAAAUUAUUCAUGGAGCACAAGUUGGCUUCGACCAUUUACAAAAACAUUAAUAGCUCGCUAUCGUUUGAAAGAUAAACAUUGUAUUCCGCUAAUACGUUCAAGUAGUUGUCAACCGUUUAUUCAUAGUAAACCAAAAGUUCAAAAUUCAUCAACUGACAAUAAGAAUGUUAGUCUCAUCAGUUCAAUAAAUAAUGUUAUGGAAUUAUCGACGAGUAACGGUACUAUAGCAUCACCGACUAAACAACAUAUGAUUGAUAAACAAAAAAUAGAUUCAAAUCCAAUUUAUUCCCAAACCAGCACAGAUUUAUCCUAUUUUUCUUUACCUGGCGGUGGAACAUACACAAAUUUACCUAUGCCAAAAAAGCGAGCACCAUGCCAAAAUAUAAUAAUAACAAACCAAACAAGAAUUCGUAAAACAUCGAAGACAAACGGCAUUAUCUCAACAAAUCCUCAAAAUUUGCAAAAUUUUUUAUCUUUUUCAUAUGCAUUGUUGUUAUCAAUUAGUGAUACAUUAUCAUUGAUAACAUCAUGGUGGUUUUUUCUAUCAGAUGCAUUCAAUAUUCAAUUACAAACAUAUUCCGCAUUAGCCUGUCGAUUUCGAUCAUUUUUUGCAUACGUAUUUAUGGAUACAUCAUCAUGGUGCAUUGCAGCAUUGAGUUUUGAUCGUUUUAUUCGUAGUGAACUACCAAUAAAAUCACAAAAAAUUUGUACACCAAAAAAUGCGUCUAUAACAAUUAUAAUCGUAUUUUUAGUAUUAUGUGGAAUUAAUGGACAUUAUCUUUCGGCUGGUAUUGGACAAGAGCGUACAAAUUCAUCAAGUGCUCAUUGUAGUGAAAAUCGAUACACUUAUCCAAAAUAUUCUUAUUUUUAUAAAAUAAUCUGGCCAAAAAUUGAUAUAAUUGUCUUUUGUUUUCUACCUGCAUGUAUAAUGAUAUUUUCCAAUAUAAAACUUGUUUACAAUAUUCAUCAUCAACAACAUCAUACCAAUACUAAAACAAAAUCUUCACAGUCAUCAUCACACAAAAAAGCUAUGGAACGACAAAUGCGUCUAAUGAUGAUUGCCUGUGUCAUUGUAUUUUUGAUAACAACCGUACCGGUAACAAUUUAUUUAUUAUUAAUAGAACAAGUAUUUAUUGGUUAUAAAGAUUUUUCUAAAAAUUAUUCAUAUUAUAUUUUCAUAUUUCGAUUAUUACGAGCCUUGAUGUAUUUUCAUUUUGCUUGCAAUUUUUAUCUUCAUUGUUUAACAAGUCGAAUAUUUCGAACAGAAUUUAUGAGAAUUAUUACAUGUGAACGAUUAAUGGUGUCUUCUCAGCCGAAUGGUACGACACAUCACACAACAUUUUAA